UUCUUUGUAUGGACAUAACUUUGUAUGUAAUUCUAAGUUAAGGAUAAUCAGGAGUGUUGAGCAAUGGAAGAAGAAAGCGAUAUUCACCCAAUAUUCACAAAAGACCCAGAGGAAUGGAUGCAGUAUGUAUAUAAGAAGGUGAGUAUUUUAUUAGAUGAUGGAGCUGAAUGCUGCGGUUAUGUGUACACGAUAGAUCCCGUCUCCGAGACUUUUGUUCUAGUUAACUUCUCCAACGAUAAAACCAGUCUACAACUUGUCCUCAAACAUGCUGUUACAUCUAUAACUGUCCUUAGUGAAGAUGUUGAACUGUAUAAACAAAAACUGGAUAACUUGUUCAGGUUUAAAAGUCAGGAGAGUCUAUCAGAAGAAGAUUUGAAACGGAGACAGAAUAUUGUUAAAUCCUGGUUGUUGAAAAACAGGCUACCAGUAGAGAUAAACGGAGAGUUGUUAAAUGUUGCCGAAGCUCUGGUGAUACAGCCACCAUAUGGAUCAGAAAACUGUGUCAGUACCAAUGAAAUUAUCCUCGGGAAAAUUCAGGGACUGAUUAAAAACAUGCCUGCUGAUCAAGAUGAAUGGUAAACAGAUAAUAAAAACAUUCUCAUUCAAUGAUGUACAAAAGUCUUACUGUAUUAUUCAGUGAUGUACAAAAGUCUUACUGUGUUAUUCACUGAUGUACAAAAGUCUUACUAUGUUAUUCACUGAUGUACAAAAGUCUUACUAUGUUAUUCACUGAUGUACAAAAGUCUUACUGUGCUAUUCACUGAUGUACAAAAGUCUUACUGUGUUAUUCACUGAUGUACAAAAGUCUUACUGUGUUCUUCACUGAUGUACAAAAGUCUUACUGUAUUAUUCACUGAUGUACAAAAGUCUUACUGUGUUAUUAAUUCAUUGAUGUACAAAAGACUUACUGUAUUAUUCACUGAUGUACAAAAGCCUUACUGUAUUAUUCACUGAUGUACAAAAGUCUUACUGUAUUAUUCACUGAUGUACAAAAGUCUAUUUGUUAUAUUCAAUGAUGUACAAAAGACUUACAAUGUAUUAUUCAAUGAUGUACAAAAGACUUACUGUAUUAGUCACUGAUGUACAAAAGUCUUACUGUAUUAUUCACUGAUGUACAAAAGACUUACACUGUAUUAUUCAAUGAUGUACAAAAGACUUACUGUAUUAUUCACUGAUUAUACAAAAGUCUUACUGUAUUAUUCACUGAUUAUACAAAAGUCUUACUGUAUUAUUCACUGAUGUACAAAAGUCUUAUUGUUUAAUUCAAUGAUGUACAAAAGACUUACUGUAUAUCUCUGUAUAACAGAAUACAAAUAGGUUGAACUCAAUAAUGUUGGAAAAGAAGUGUUGUUGUAUUAUUUUCAGUUUGUCAUUUUGAAUAUUCAAUACGGCUAGCAUGUCUGAUUU